AACAACAAAAGUAUUUUCUCUCACUAAAAGGAGUGAUUUUGCAGAAGUUACUCCACUCUUCCAUUCGAACCCUAAUACUAUAUUACAUUUCUCUCUCUCCAUACCCACUCUCUGUCCUCACAUUCCUUCUCUCUCUAGUGGACGAAGAAGACAUGGAGCUUCCCUCACCAAACUCUGGACUCCAGAACACCAAUGGAGACUAACACAAGCAACCCACAUUCCCAAUGGGAAAGUCCGAAGAAGAACAAUCUCUCCCCACAACCGUCGAUCGACGGAACGCAGAGCACAAUGCAGAGAAUAGAUGCAGGGUUCGUGGGUUCGUCGGGCUCAAAUGCGUCUUGGUUCUGGUAAUGGGCGUUUCAGUGUUGCUCUCUGCUAUCUUUUGGCUCCCGCCGUUUCUUCAGUACAGAGAUCAGGGGGAUCUGGAUCCGAAUUCCAAGUUUAGAGAUCAUGAUAUAGUGGCACGUUUCAUGGUUGCGAAGCCAGUUUCUUUGUUGGAAGACAAUAUUUUGCAGCUUGAGGAUGACAUUUUUUAUGAAAUAAGUGUUGCUACCGCUAAAGUGCAAAUUUUAUCUCUAGAACCUUUAGCUGGAUCAAACAUCACAAGUGUUUUCUUUGCGGUUGAUGUUGUUGUGAAAAAUUCAGGAGUCUCUUCAACUGCUCAAAGUUUAAUCAGGGCAUCUUUUGUGUCUCUGGUUAUACAGCAACCAUCUCUCCGCUUGACUGCAGCAUUAUUUGGGGAACCAUUUUCUUUUGAAGUGAUGAAAUUCCCAGGAGGCAUUACUAUUAUUCCUCCGCAGAGUGCAUUUCUUCUGCAAAAAGUACAGAUCGUUUUUAAUUUUACCUUGAAUUUCUCUAUUGGUCAAAUACAAGAUAAUUUCAAUGAAUUGACAAGCCAGCUGAAGUCGGGAUUACGUCUUGCUUCAUAUGAGAACUUGUAUAUCAGCCUGACGAAUUCGAAAGGAUCAACAGUGGCUCCCCCUACGACGGUUCAGACGUCAGUUUUGCUGGCAGUUCGGACUGCUCCCUCAAUGUCUAGGAUAAAGCAGUUGGCUCAAACCAUCACAGGUUCUCACUCAAAAAAUCUUGGUCUGAAUAACACUGUAUUUGGUAGGGUUAAACAAGUUCAUCUUUCAUCUAUACUGCAACACUCCCUUGGUGGUGAUGGAUCACCUGCUCCCGCUCCGGUUCCCGUUCCUUUGCCUCAAACCCACCACCACCACCACCACCACCACCACCAUCACCACCAUCAUCACCAUGAUGCCCAUCUUACUCCUGCAAUUGCGCCUGCACCUUCAAGUGAGAAAAGUGCACCUGCCACUGAGAAAGGUUCACCCACAUCUUCACCUGCCCCUGUACCUGCGCCUGUGGGUAGUCAUGAAGCAAGGCCGCCUGGUUGCCAUUUUGGUAAAAGGAAGUUUCGAGGGAAGACUAAAAAGCAUUCUCACUUAGUUCCUCCUGUUGUGCCACCAGUUGCUCCACCGUAUACUGCUCCAUCACCCCAUCAGCCAGUGAACCCACCAGCACCUGUCUCCCAUCCAAUUCCUGCAUCGAGUCCACUGCCAAAUGUAGUUUUUUCUCACGUUCAGCCCCCAUCAACGAGUGAGUUUGAUGCAGAUCCUCCGGACAUAGCACCAUCAGUUUCACCCUCGCCAUCUUCAUCUUCUGCAGGUUGUCUUCCUACUGUUUUAUGGGCAAUUCCGCUGUUUCUGGCUCUUGUAUUACAUUUAUAGAAGCAGACAGUGAGACGCAUUCUAUUCUUCCAGCAAUAUAACUUCUAUGGUACUUGAAAAACCACUUGUUUGUAGCAUUCCGCUCCAAUGAAAAGAGCAUGCUGGUGAAGCUUUGGAAGUGGAAGCAACGCAAAUAGGGCGUGCCUCAUAGUUGAGUGGAUAUAUGUUGUUUUUGUACGUGUAAAUAUUUGAUUAAGGAAAAAAAAAAAAAUCAGUUGGCAGAUGCAUUUUCGGGUCAAAGUCACAGAGGUGACAGGCCCUUGAUAACAUGCAUUGCCGCGGUGUUGUGUGUGAUUUCUCUUCUGCAGAAACAUAAGGAAGGGAAAACCAUCAAAUGUACCACGUUUCCUUUUUGUUUCAAUUAUCUUUCAAGCCCCCCUCA